AGAAUAAAAAACAAUUAAAAUUGCACCGCGUGAGAGAAGAAUAACAUUUAACAAAUACCGCUGUAGAUUUUAUGUGUGACCGCAAAAACGGUGCUUUCUAAUACUAUUUAAAUUGGUCAUUGACUUAUCCAACUGCAACUGCAUGCGGUGCAGAGCAACGUAAUACAACGAAUAAGACCACAAGAGCAAGAGCGAGAGAGAGCGUAAAGUACUUUUGCAAGUGUGAGUGAGUGAGUGGUCCCGAAACAGUCGGUGAAAAUAAUCGUGGCAAAAGCGACAGCGACAUUUUCUACACGUAUCAGAAACAAACUCAACGUGUUUUGAGAACGUUGUACUGGACGCGUUCGGGUCCUAGUUAAAUAUACUACAUACAAAUACACAUAAAAAAAAAAAACAGUUUGAAUUAUUAUACUUAUGUAUAUGCGGGCGCGAAAUUAGUACGUAUAUUAAAAUCUUAAAACGCAAUUGAAAGCAAAUACGUUAACUUGAAAGCUUUGUCUAAAAACAACGUAGACGUCGCAUUACGCAUACGCAGCGUUAUCAUAAACUGUACCAUCAUUUAAAAGACGAUAAAGAAGAAGGAGGACAUUAGAGAAACGGCUAGUUAUCAUUUCUCACAUUCACCCGUGCGUUUGUGAAGCGCAUCUUUUUCUCCGUUAUCUGUUAUCUGUGUCGCCUACUUUCAUCGUCCAAUUGUCACAGUAAAAAAUCGGCAAGAUGUUCAUCGAAGAUGAUGCGCAAAUGGACAGCUUUUGGGUGCAGAGUGCACUGGGCGCCAUCAAGGCAAUUGCAUUUGUCUAUGAUAUUAUCACGCUCCCGGUCUAUUUGGUUCUACAGGCGCCUUGGAAACGUCGACAGGAAUCACGGCGAGUCAAGGCAAAGAUCAUAAAGAACGAUGAGACUGAGGUGACGUAUCGAACCACGGAACCGCCGAGGGAUGUGCAUGUGAAGAUGCUGCAGGAGAACAUUGAUACGUUGGAGAAGGUGUUCAAUUACGUGGCCAAAACGCAUUCGACCAAACGCUGCCUGGGCACACGGCAGAUACUCAGCGAGGAGGACGAAACGCAGCCGAAUGGACGCGUCUUCAAGAAGUACAACAUGGGCGACUACAAGUGGAAGAACUUCAUCGAGGCGGAGCGUAUGGCGGCCAGCUUUGGACGUGGACUUCGUGAGAUUGGUCAGGCGCCGCGUCAGAACAUUGUCAUCUUUGCCGAGACGCGCGCCGAGUGGAUGAUUGCCGCCCAUGGUUGCUUUAAGCAGGCCAUGCCCAUUGUCACCGUCUAUGCCACGCUUGGCGAUGAAGGCGUCGCCCACUGUAUCAGCGAAACGGAAGUUACCACAGUCAUCACCUCACACGAUCUGUUGCCCAAGUUCAAGACGCUAUUGGCCCUAUGCCCCAAUGUGAACACCAUCAUCUAUAUGGAAGAUCAGCUGACAAAGACCGAAACAACUGGAUUCAAGGAAGGCGUCAAAAUUCUGCCCUUCAAUCAAGUUGUUAAAAUUGGCAAUGAGAGUAAAUUUGAGAAUGUGCCACCAAAGGGUGAAGAUAUUGCUAUCAUUAUGUACACUUCCGGAUCAACGGGCACACCAAAGGGUGUCCUUCUGUCCCAUAAGAAUUGUAUUGCCACAAUGAAAGGAUUCUGCGACAUGGUUACCAUUUAUCCCGAGGAUGUUCUAAUUGGUUUUCUGCCACUGGCGCAUGUUUUCGAGCUUGUGGCGGAGAGUGUUUGCCUUAUGACAGGCGUAUCCAUUGGUUACUCCACCCCAUUGACUUUGAUCGAUACGAGUAGCAAGAUUAAACGGGGCUGCAAGGGAGAUGCAUCCGUUUUGAAGCCCACAUGCAUGACAUCGGUGCCAUUGAUACUCGAUCGCAUCUCCAAGGGUAUUAACGACAAGGUCAACUCUGGCUCAGCAUUCAGAAAGGCGCUCUUCAAAUUCCUCUACCAGUACAAAGUGAAGUGGAUACAACGUGGCUAUCAAACACCAUUAAUUGACAAACUGGUCUUCAAGAAGGUGGCCAAACUGAUGGGCGGCAAGGUGCGCAUUAUAAUGUCCGGCGGAGCGCCGCUAUCGGCCGAUACACACGAGCAGAUCAAGACAUGCCUGUGCGUGGAUCUGAUCCAGGGCUAUGGAUUGACUGAGACCACAUCUGGAGCAACUGUAAUGGACAGUCGUGACAUGUCCUAUGGACGCACUGGCGGACCGUUGACCGUUUGUGACAUUCGGCUGGUGAAUUGGGAGGAGGGCCGUUAUCGCGUUACCAACAAACCCUAUCCGCAGGGUGAGGUGCUUAUCGGCGGAGAAUGCGUGUCCCGGGGAUACUACAAGCUGCCUGGCAAGACAAGUGAGGAUUUCUUUGAAGAAGAUGGACGCCGUUGGUUCAAAACCGGCGACAUUGGCGAAAUGCAAACCGAUGGCGUACUUAAGAUUAUUGAUCGUAAGAAGGAUCUAGUCAAACUGCAGGCUGGUGAAUAUGUUUCCUUGGGAAAGGUCGAGUCGGAGCUCAAGACAUGUGGCAUUAUUGAGAACAUUUGCGUUUAUGGCGAUCCAACAAAGCAAUUCACUGUCGCGCUGGUCGUGCCAAAUCAAAAGGGUCUCGAGGAGUUGGCUGAGCGACAUGGUGUAAGGAACAAAUCAUUCGAGGAGCUGUGCUCAUCCCCCAUCAUGGAGAAGGCUAUACUCAAGGAAAUUAGCGAUCAUGCGCGGAAAUGCAAAUUACAAAAGCAUGAGGUACCAGCUGCCAUUACGCUAUGCAAGGAAGUUUGGUCACCAGAUAUGGGUCUGGUGACGGCUGCAUUCAAGCUUAAGCGCAAGGAUAUACAGGACAAAUAUCAGCAUGACAUUAACCGCAUGUACGCAUCAUGAAAACCAAUAUACUAAAUAACAGUAGUAGAAGAUGAAGAUGAAGAAAAUGCAGCAGCAGUGAAGCUAAUUAUUGUACUAAAUAUGGCAAUUGUUUUAGUAUAGCUGAGACACAAAUGAUGCGUUAUUUAAAACCAAACUAGCUUAAGUACUAAAAGAUCUAAAAACCAAAUAGACACACACAUCAACAGCUUUGCCUGUAAAGAGAAACUCGGCGUUAUUUGCAAUUAUAAUUAAAUGAAAUGUAUUAAGUUUUUAGAUAUGUGCAAAUUUGGUUUGGUUAAUGUAUUUUCUAACAUGCUGUUGAUGAUAAUGAUUAUGAUUAGUUGACAAUGAUGAUGAUUGAUAAUGAUGCAGUUGCAGAUGAUGAAGAUGAUGAUAAAAACGGUAACAAUAGAUGUACAGUUUUCGGUUUUUAGUACAUGUUUGAGGCAAGUGAACGCAACGUUGCUUAUUUUUGUAAACGCGAUGAAGUAAACUUAAGUGGUUGCCUAAUAAUUAUGUAAAUACUAUACACACUCACACAUAUACAAGUGCGUAUAUAUCAAUAUACAUACAUACAUAAAUAUUAUAUAUAUACACAUAUAUAUAGUGUACUUCUCUAAACUAAGUUUAAUCUAUAUGGCAAAUAUUGAAUUAAUGAAUUGUAGCAAACACAACAAUAAUUAAUAAUAACUAAGAAACGACAUGUUCUGAAUUAAAAUGCGAAAUGCCAAAAGUAAAUAAAAUAACAUCUUUACUUGGGAAACAAAACCAACAAAAAAAAGAGGAGACAUAUAAAGUAAAAAAUAUUAAGAACCCUCCAUACACAAAUUAAACGUAUGAGAAAGCUUAUUGUAAAAUAUAUUUUAGGGCAAUUUAGUUAACUUUACAAAUUAAUUAAAAGUCAAAAUUUAAAAAUGCUGCAAAUAAAAGACUUAGUACUAAAGGAAUAAUAUAUAAUAAAUAAAAAGAUAAAAAAGUAACUAAUAGGCCAAAAAUAGAGCCUCAUUUUAGGAUUCGAUCAUUUUUAUAAAUGUGCAAAUAAUUUUGAUUAAAUUUUAGUCAUUCUUUUAGUUAACGUUAUCUUCUAGGAAUGUUUAGUAAUUUACUAUGAAACGAUGCGUUUCUUAAUAUAAUAAAUACAUAUAAAUACAAAAAAUCAAGUGAAAUGGAAUAUGUACGUAUUCAAUAAACUCUAGUGAAUGAGAGACAACAUUUUUUAAAUAUCGAAAUUCAUUGUGUGUACUAUAUAAAAACUUUAUUAUAUGAUGCAUAUUUUUAAAAGCUUUUCGUAAUUAUUAUAAAAUGAGUUGCGAGCAAAGCCUAUAUUACACAAAAAGUCGUAUAUUAUUAUAAGAUCGAUUGCAUUAUUGUACAAUUUGGGUGUAUAAAUAAUGAAGAUAAACCAAUAAAAAUAUAAAUUUUUGAA